AUGCUCACUCUCCACCCCACAGACCCCGCACGUCCCCCGGACAUGCUUCAGUGUCGUGGCCGCUCUCGUCAAGUCUCACACGCCGCUCUUGCACGCCAAGCGUCAGAGGAACGCUUCUAUGCUGUGGGGGCUAUACAUCGCUCACUCCUUACGCGCUCAACCCCGGAACGGAACAACUACUCACAACAACAGCCCUGUCUGACUGGUGAAAUACCUACAGUCUCUCCUUUCACUCAGCCACCUCCACCCCCAUACACCGACCUCAACUCCCCACCUGUGUCCGAACCCGAGGUUAUGCCAAUAGCCGCUCCCGUCCCAGUGCGAGCCGCAUUCACUCCGCACUUUAUCCAUUCAGAGUCGCCCUCUCCUCCCAGUUCCGCUUCCAUGUCGCCUGACUACUACGACUCGCCCCCGUCGCCACCGCGUUCACUAGAAGACCAGGUUCACGUGGCAUAUGCACACGACGACAUUCAUUUGGCCAAGAUUCUCCUUCUACGCCUCAAGGGGAUAGAGGUCACGUCGGACGAUGACCCACGCAUAGCCGAGGUCCGUGAUGAGGAUUUUGAUUUUUGCUUUGUGCCCAAUGGGGGUUUGAUGUUGGAUGAUGGAAACGAGAAAUGGAUGAUGGAGCGACAAAGAGAAGAGAGGGAAAGGUUGGACCAGAGGAGAAGAGAAGAGAGGCUGAAAGCUUGUGAACAAAUUUGGGUUAACGUGAAACGGCAGCUCAGAGAGGAUAGGGUGAUGGUCUUGAGGAGGCGAGAAAUGUCGCGAUUAAGGGAGGAGGGGAGGAGGAGAAAGCGCGAGGAGGAGCAGAGACGGUGGGCGGAGGAGGAACGAAGACGAGAAAAAGCCGAGGUGGAGAGAGCUGCUGAGAGGGCCAAUGCGCGUGUACGGGCCAGGGCAGAACGCAAAGUCGUUUCUUACAAUUUCUUGCAACCAUCCGACGACUCUUCGAGUUCAAGCGAGGAGCAAUCUUCACCGUUCGUCUACAACUUUAUGGUCUCCACCAGCUCUCGGACCAUCAAGACCCUAUUUUCCUGCUCUCCACCAAAUAAAACCAUCCCACAGAUACGGCCUCACUUCCCCACCCCUUCCUUUGACGAUUCGCGAUGUGUCCCCUUUACCGACGUCCUCAAGAGCAUGCAAGGGCCCCUCUUCCCUCUUUCACGUGAAGAGCGCAUGCAACGCUAUGGCAGUCCCGCUCAUAGCAGGUCUUCCACACGCUAUCGUCGAGAGGUCGAAUUGCUGCAGUCGCUGCUGUCCAACGUACAGUGCAAAGGGGGCGAACGGAGUAAGCAACAAGUCAAACCACGGGGACCGAUCAGGGCAUGCGCAGCUUGUUCUGCUUUUGGGUCAUUGCCUUCCCCUGCUUCAUCACCUACCUCUAGCGCUGGUUCACUACCACGCUCGAGUUCUUGGUUGUCAUUCCGAUCGUCCUCAACAUCAUCAUCAGUGUCCACAAUCACGACUACUCCCUCUACAUCACCUGUCACAGCGCCAAAGGCCAGCUGGUUCAUCACCACCACCACCACAGUCCCAUCCUUCGGAUCACGUCGUCCCAAAGCAACAAGCGUGACAAUAUCUGCACCGGAACCAGUUCAUACAUGCCACUCGCAUUCCCACCUUACACCCAUCGCACCCUCGGAAGGUCCGUUACCACUAGCGCCGCCUUCCACGGAACGUAAAGCUUAUUCUGCGACUCGGGAGCACGAGGAUGCUUCACGUGGUGCUCGUGAGGCGCGCAGCUCGCCGACAAGGAAGGAGUCUUCGAGUGGAGUGGUGGUCCGACGGAUGUCACAGCUCGUGGAGCUCGCGAAGGGGUUGCAGAGUGCUUGUAUGACAGCAACGCUGUCCAGUCCGUACGAGUCGCUUGAGGAGUCACGGAUCGGAUCUGAUGCUGCAAAGGUGGUGCAUGAUGGGAGUAUCAGUGGAGAGGGUGGGCAACAACAACGAAGUAUGAAGAAGAGGUUAGCGCCAGCAGGAUACCGCGUGUGUGCAGGGGACGUGGCUGCCUUUUUGAGUCCUGCACGAUCCACUUCCUCUUCCCGCGAUACCCUUCCGCUCUUGGGCACGCAUCAAGAGCCUGAGGAAGGCGAGCUUGAUCGAGAAGAUGACGUUUUUUACACUCUGAUGCCACGGUACAUUCCUCUGAACUCGUCAUCCUCCCCAUCCUCGUCCUCACCUUCAUCAUCGCCGCGCACCGUCCUGCCUAACCCGCUCCCGUAUCCACUCGUGUUCAAGCCCAUUCCGGCACCGCCGCGGUCCCCGUUCUCGAUGCACCAGCAUCAGCAUACGGUGUACCCGUCGUCUGCCCCUGCUGCGUCUGCGUCUGUGUUCAGGAAUGGGAGUACGGGCGUGGUUAUAAGGGAGAGGGCUGUGGGGAAUCCGGUACACCUGCGCUUGAAGGCGCUGCAUAAUAUUGUGUGGACGCGCGGGGUGUUGUGGGAGGGCCGGGCGAGGGAGACGGCGUUGGGGGGUGGGAGGGAACGCGUGCUUGGUGUGGCGUGUGAGGGUGUUGGGAGGAGUGCGUUGCCUGUUGGUGUUGUGGGUCGUGGGUAG